AUGUCGUCUCUUCUGCCAGUCUUGGCCCCCCGGCUACCGGGCUGUCCGCCGGCGGUAGAUGAUAGGACUUACACGAAGGAGCACACAGAGGAGGAGUGGGAGAGUAUGCGCAACGUCAUCAAGAAGCUGUAUAUUCAGGAAAAUCGAAAGCUGAACGAGACUAUGGCAAUCCUUCAGGCCAGAUAUGGUUUCGCAGCAACGGAGCAGAUGUUCAAGAAGCGUUUAAAGAAAUGGGGCUUAAGAAAACGUACAUAUCGGAAAGGUCAACCUGGCUCUGCAGCUUCCACUCCUCUGGAUACUACUGAAUGUUCUGGGACGAGUACAUUUGACGAACAAAGCUCAUCCUCAUCCUCGGCCUCUCCAGAGGAACACCAAGAUGAUCCAACUACGUCUAUGGCUCUGAUCCAGCCAUCAAACACCGGUCCCUACUCUGAUUUAGAGCAGGUUCUUGGAGGCGUCUUCAACUGGAGUCAAUCUAAACUAGAAAUAUUUCCUGUCAUGUCAGAUCCUAUGUCAGAAUACUUGGCAACCCCAAACUCCCCCCCUAUCCGAGACAGUCGUACAAUGUACCGCAUCUUCGAGCUUGUUUUCGACCUUUGGUUCCAUGGGAAGGGUGACCUUGCUGGUAUGGCUGCACGUCGAGGGUUUUACGUGCUCGAAUUUGUGUUGAGCGAUGAUCACCCCGACCUUAUCUGGCAUGUGCUAGAUACAAUCUACGAUAUGGUGGACCGAGGGCAUCUUCGGCUUUUGGCCCUUUUCUUGGAUCAUGCUACAAUACUCGCGAAACGACAGCUGCCUGCUCAACACCCGCUCCUCCUUAUCCUCCAACAACUUCGUAACUGCGAUUAUCAAACAGAUGAGGGAAGGAAAUACUUGUGUCAUUUGUUGCGCCAAGCCUGGCUACGGAACGUUAAUCUCUUGGGCCAACAUAUCGAGACGUCGGAUGCCCAUCGACUCUGGCUUUACGAACAACUAAUUUGGGAUGGGAGAACACGCCUCCGUAGGGAAAGCGAGCUUGGCAAGCGGCAGGAUGCGAUGUAUCAGGCCCUGGAAAGGAUGGCUGAAGCACAGAGUCAGACUUCAUCUGCGAUCGAUGCGGAUCAGUUACGAGUCGAAGCAUUGCGACUUGAGUUCACACAGAUGGAUGUUGGUGAUAAGAAGAAGGCUGAGGAGCUAGCCAUCAAUUUACUCGAUCUGACCAGAACCGAACAAGGACCCAGAUCCAACGAUCGAUUUCACGCAUACGCAUGCAAGAUGCUGGCUAGAGUACAGGAGUCGAGACAGGAAUGGGAUACGGCCGAACAGAACCUACGGCAUGCCAUUUCGAAAAGAGAGGUAGCACACGGUGCGAACAAUAACCUACGAGUCAUCCGUGAUAUGUGGGUGCUGGCAGCGCAUUAUCAGAAAGCUGGUCGACAAGCGGACGCCAACGAGAUCACAGCUGAUGCGUUAUCGAGAGCACAGAGAUACUUGGAGCAGGAUGUCGAAUAG